GUUUAGCUCGCGCUCGUGUUUGAUUUCUGAAUUGCGCUACAAUGUGCGCUCUGAACCUUGACAUUGGUUCUUUCGAGAGGAGGAUAGCUAAAUUAUAUGCAGAUUGGGAGGACACCAAUAGUCAACUUCAUGAUGUAGAGUCUAUAGUUGUACCAGCUGGGAAAGUGGAUAGUGUAUACGGAAAAACCUUAUCACUACACAUGUGGCUUUUUGGAUAUGAGUUGCAAGACACUGUAAUUGUAUUCAAUAAACAGUCAAUGAUUGUGUUGUGUGGAAAAAAAAAGUUGGAUUUCUUACAUCCCUUAGAAAACCGUCAUUUUGGCAAUCGAACAGUCGUUCUAAUCCCAAGAAACCCAUCUGACAAAGAUAAGGCAGGCCUAAAGAAGCUAGUUGAUUGUAUCAAGUCCGGUGCAAAGAAUAAUAAAGUGGGUCAUUUGGCCAAAGAUAAAUUCAUAUCAGAGCUCACUGAAUCUUUCAUGUCAUCCUUGCAAGAGGAAAAGUUUCAACUUGUUGACAUCUCUAACUCCAUCAGUGAAAUCCUAGCUACCAAGGAUGAAACAGAAUUAAUACUCUUGAAAAAAGCUUGUGAUAUUACGUGCAAUCUUUUCACUAAACAUCUAAAAGAGCAAAUUAUGGACGUCAUUGAUUCAGACAGAAAAGUUAAACAUGAAAAGCUUUCUAGUGGUUGUCAAACCGCACUAAAAAACUCAAAUAUUCUGUCAGGUUUAGAUCCUGAUAAUGUGGAAAUGUGUUAUGAUCCAAUUAUUCAAAGUGGAGGAACGUAUAAUCUUAAAUUUAGCAUUGAAAGUGACACCCGGACUCUUCAUUUCGGGAUUAUUAUUUGCUCCUUAGGAGCGCGUUAUCAGUCCUAUUGUUCUAAUGUAAUCCGUUCUCUCAUGGUCAAUCCUACAGAUGAGCAGUCCGCGAAUUACACUUAUUUACAUGAUCUAUUUGAUUGGUGUAUAGAACAAAUUAAACCGGGUGUUAAAAUAUCAGAUUUCUGUCAGGCUAUUGCAAACAAAGUGUCGACUGAACGUCCUAAAUUAGCUGAAAACCUCCUACGCAAUUACGGAUUUGUAACGGGGAUUGAAUUUCGAGACAGUAAUUUAUUAUUAUCACCUAAAUCUGCAUCAACAUUUCGUCGAGGAAUGACACUAAAUUUCAAUUUAGGCUUCCAGAAUUUAAUAAAUAGUCUUGGUAAAUCUCAAGCUGAGAAAAAUUAUGCACUUUGGUUAGGUGAUGUGCUAGCUGUUGGUGUUGGAAAUACCGGUGAGAAUUUAGUGUAUACUUUAACUGCGAAACGUCGACCGAAAUCAAUCAGCUUGUAUAUAAAAGAUGAAGAGGAAGAGGAAGACGAUGAAGGAGAAGACGAAGAAGAAGAGACUAGAAAUGUUGGAAAAAGAGAUACUAGCAGUAGACAUCCACAGAGUACACGUUCGACAAAUGGUACUAGUGCAGUUGCUAUUUCCAAAAAACAGUCUAUCCCAAAUGGUGAUGGCAGUGUUGGUGUGAAUGCUGCACAAGAAUUAUUGGGUCGCGGACAUCGUCGUGCUAUUAUUGAACAGAAAACUCGAAAUGAACAAACUGCUGAAGAGAAACGUAUGAGCCGCCGGCGAGAUCUAUUCCAAGAACUUGUAACAAGUUCUACAAAUCGUUUAACAGGAUUAAAAACUGAUACUAAUUUAGACACUAAAAUGAAAUCUAGCAUUGCUUAUAAAGGGGCUGGUCAAAUGCCUAAGGAAGAUGAUGUUCGUAAACUUCGACUUUUUGUUGAUAAAAAGUAUGAAACUGUUAUUUUGCCAAUUUUCGGACUUCCAACACCAUUUCACAUCAGUACAAUAAAGAAUGUCUCUACGUCUAUUGAAGCUGAUUAUACGUAUUUACGUAUAAAUUUCCAUCAUCCUGGUGCAUUAGUUGGCGCAAAAGAUACAGCCAGUUUCCAAAGUCCUGAAUCAACUUAUGUGAAAGAGAUGACUUAUCGUGCUUCAAAUGUACGCCGACAUGGUGAAGUCAGUAUACCAUCGACCAAUUUAAAUAAUGCUUAUCGUAUAAUUAAAGAAGUAUUAAAGCGUUUUCGAUCACGUGAAGCGGAGGAGAAAGAACGUGCAAAUCUCGUAGAACAAGAUGACUUAGUCGUAGAUCAUGCUAAAGGUUCUUUUCGUUUGAAGGAUUUAUACAUUCGUCCUAAUGUUGCAUCGAAAAGAAUAACAGGUACGCUAGAGGCUCAUUCAAACGGUUUCCGUUUCACUUCAGUUCGAGGCGAUCAAGUUGAUAUUCUGUAUAACAAUAUUAAACAUGCAUUCUAUCAGCCGUGUGAUGGAGAAAUGAUUAUUUUACUGCAUUUCCAUUUAAAGAAUGCAAUUAUGUAUGGCAAGAAAAAGCAUACCGAUAUCCAGUUCUAUACAGAAGUUGGUGAAUUAACCACAGAUUUGAGUAAAACGCAUUCUCGUAUGCAAGAUCGUGAUGAUUUAGAGGCGGAACAAAGAGAACGUGAAAUGAGAGAACAAAUUAAAAUGGCAUUUCGUUCAUUUGUGGAUAGAUCUGAGAACUUAGCACGUCGAUAUGAUCUAGAAUUUGAAACACCAUUCCGUGAACUUGGAUUUCAUGGAUGUCCUUUCCGAUCAACUGUACUACUGAUGCCUACAAGUAGUGCAUUAAUAAGUGUUGUUGAAUUACCUGCAUUCGUGGUUACAUUGGAUGAAGUUGAAUUUGUCAUGUUGGAACGUGUCAGCUUAUCGAUUCGUACAUUCGAUAUGGUGUUUGUAUUUAAAGAUUAUCAUAAAAAACCAGCAAUGAUUAAUUCAAUACCGAGUACUGCUUUGGAACUGGUCAAAGAAUGGUUGUUAUCGUGUGAUAUCUUCUAUGCCGAAGCAUCAAAAUCACUUAAUUGGCCUAAACUUAUGAAGACUAUUCUUGAUGAUCCGGAGGGAUUUGUUGAACAAGGAGGUUGGUCAUUUAUAUCACCAGAUGAAGAUGACGAUGAAGAUGAAGAGGACACGGAAGAUGAAGAUGAGAAUUAUGCACCAUCAGAAAGUGAGCUAUCUGGCGAUGGUGAAGAAGAUGGAAGUGGUGAUGAGUCUAGCGGUGAUGAUGAGGAUUGGGAAGCUGAAGAAGAAUCGGAUGAACCGGAAAGUUUAGACUCAGAUGAAUCAGAAGGAAAAGAUUGGGAUGAAUUAGAAGAAGAAGCUAGGAAAGAGGAUGCUAAAAAUGAAAUACCCGACACAGUACAUCCAAAGAAACGUCAACGAGCCCAUAGUCCAUCACCAGUAUCUCAUAAGAAAUCUCGUCAUGGAACAAAAUCCCCAAACAAGAAAAAUAAACGUUGAUAGAAACCAAAUUAUUUUAUUUAAUUAAACAACUAACGGAGAAGCAUUUUUCUUGGAAUAUCUCCUAGUUAUUAAUGUAUUGUACAAAAGAAUGUUUACUAAAUAUUAACGUGCACAAUCUUCUUUCUAAGAAAAACAGAUAUAUAUUAUUAUGUAUGUACCAUUCUUUUCUCGUGUCAAAUUUACUGAUAUACUGUUUAAAAUUCAUUGUGUAUGUGUAAUCAAAUUUAUUAUCUGUUGGCGAAUGGUUUUAUGCCACAGCAGAGGCUGAAUCCGGAAACUUAUGUCAAAAGUUUCUGUUCUGGAAAAAAAUUGGAUUAUUAGUCUAUUUAGCGGCCUUAUGUUCAUUAGAUCAUUUUAUUCAUAAAAUUAACAGUUAGAGGUUCAUGCAAUAUC